UCUAUGGUCAAAGGAGGGACUUUAUUAUUUCCUUGGAGUUGAAGCUAACUAAUUUCCAGCAAUUUUAGGGGUAAUGGUCUGCUGGAAGCCCUAAUCUAUUGUAUUUACUUGAUACGACGAGGUAUCUUUCACCUUCUUUGUUCGGUUAUGGCGACAACCAUUCUCCAAUUCCCUAACCCAAUUCGCUCCCCCUAUCUCAAACCAGAAGAUUCCCCCUGCGGUCAAGUCCUCGGGAAAGCCUUCUCUGAAACAUUUAGGGGUUCAGUUCGCAGUAACGGUAAACGCCGUACUCAAUCCCUCGUGACCGCUAACCAUCAGAAGCCGGACGAACAAGUUGCAACGGAAGGAGAGACAGUCAGGUCGAAAUGGAGGGAGAUUGGCCCCAAUAUCACGAAGCUACAGAGACAGGCCAUAUCGGAGCUCCCGCCGGUGAUGACCAACCGAUGCAAAGCGGUGAUGAAACAGAUAAUUUGCUUCUCCGACGACAAGGGGGGCUUGCGAGAUUUGUUGAGUGCUUGGGCCAGGAUCAUGAAUCCCAGGAGAGCAGAUUGGCUUUCGGUUCUCAAGCAACUCAAGGACACCGAGCAUCCGUUUUACGUUCAGCAGGUAGCAGAAUUUGCUUUGCUGGAAGAAUCCUUUGAGGCAAAUACCCGUGACUACACAAAACUAAUCCACUUCUAUGGGAAGCAAAAGCAGCUGGAAGAUGCUGAAAGGAGUUUCUCAUGCAUGAAAGAAAGAGGUUUGCUCUAUGACCAAAUAACAUUAACUGCAAUGAUUCACAUGUACAGCAAGGCGGGCCACCACAAGAAGGCCGAGCAAAUCUUCGAAGAGCUCCUUCUGCUCGGUCAACCAUUGGAUCAAAGAUCAUACGGCUCGAUGGUAAUGUCCUACAUCAGAGCUGGAAUGCUUCAAGAAGCAGAAUCUCUACUCAAGCAAAUGGAUGACCAAGAAGUCACCGCUGGACGUGAAGUUUACAAAGCAUUGCUGAGAACUUUCUCCAUGACAGGUGACGUGGAAGGAGCUCAGAGGGUGUUUGAUGCAAUGCAGAUUGCAGGUAUUGUUCCUGAUGCCAGGGUAUGUGCUCUCCUCCUAAAUGCUUAUGAAAUGGCGGGUGAGAGCCAGCUGGUGCGUGUUGCAUUUGAGAACAUGAGAGGGGCUGGUGUCAAGCUGAACGAUAAGUGUGUGGCUCUGGUUCUGGCAGCGUACGAGAAGGAGGAGAAGCUGGACAAAGCGUUGGAGUUUCUAGUGGGUUUGGAGAAGGAUGGAGUUUUGGCUGGGAAAGAAGCUUCAGCUGUGUUGGCUGGGUGGUUUGGAAGGUUGGGCGUUGUGAAAGAAGUUGAGGUAGUGCUGAGUGAUUUGCAUCCAAACAAGCUCAUUUGAAUUCUGUGUUGUAAACUUGUCAUUUGGUCCGGGGUAGUCGGUUUUGUUAUUUAGACUAGUGGUAUAGGCCUAGACUUCGACUGCGGCUUUGGUUAAACUGCAUUGAAGUGUGCAGCUCCUCAUAUUACUACUAUUGUCCUGAUUUAAAAUGAGAAAUUAUUUAGUCUUCCUUAUGACAACAAUUAUCUAUAAAUUAAUACACC